UGCUGACAGUCAUUUCGUUCCUGCUCUUGCUGCGUGCGCGUGCAGCGUUAGCCUUCUGCAAAGUGCAAUGCAGACAGAUGAAGCUGUUCUUGUGAGCUUCCUUCAGGCGAACCUCCAAUUUGCCACAAAGUGCACGAGCGGCAGUCUGGAGACGAAAGUUUGACUCGUCACGAAUACUUGUGAAGGUCGAAUUAGCGCAGAGCAAGUCCACGUUUUGGUGCUCCCGAAAUAACUCUGAGUGUGGAAGGUCCGCGAACCUGACCUUCCCAACUUGACUUUUCUCCAACAAGACUGAGUAGGUCUACGCUCGACUGACGUUGAAAACUCAGUGCGUUAUGACUUGCUUAGUGGUCUGUGGCGUGCUGAACGGGCGGUGUUUGAAUGAAGUCUCACUUCGAAGUUUUAAACAGCGGCUGUAGUACGCAACGUUCGCUUCUGCUGCAUUUCCAAGAAAAAACGAUGACUGGAAUGCUGGGGAUAUAGAAGCGGAGACAAUAACAACAGAAGCAGAAGCUGGCGGUUAUGGAUAAGUUGCGUGAUGUUGCGGCGUACAAACGAGAGCAAGAUCUUCGGCGAGCACAACGCGACCGAGCGGAGAGGGACAUUCUCGAUCAGCUUGAGGACGUACAGAUGAGCCUUGCGCAGGAACCAACUCAUUCCAAUCCAGCAGCAGCUGCAGAUGCAAGUGAUGCUCUCUCCUCUGAUGAUGAUUCACUUGUUGCUGAGCAAGCACACCUGGCCGAAGAGGAAGCUCAUCUUCUACAGCAGCUCCAGCACUUGCAUGAGCACGGCAAGGUGCAAGAUUCACCUCCAGCACAACGAGUAACAUCUGGGCUGUCACUUCCACGAUCAGAUCUCUCGAGGAGAUCAAGAGCUUCGCCUGCAAGCUCAUCUCAGGCGAUGGCAUCACCGUUCCCCGCAGUAUACAGUCCAUCUGCGCAGAGACAACUUCAAAGCGUGGCGGAACGACGCGGAAGGCGUAUGGAGCAACUGCGUCACGAGCAGGACAAGGUAGCCCGCGAGCUUGAAGACCUCACACAGCGAAUUGGCAAGACGUCAAGUCCUGCAUAUCACAGGUCCAGGGAGUUCCAGCAGAUACCCAGCCCCGAGAGACCACUUCGAACAAGAGCAAAUCGCACUGUGGCUGCUGGUGCUAGUGAUGGUGGUAUUGGUGAACAUUCUUGGCGUCCAAGACUUGCAGCUGAGCUGCCUAAUGAUCCUGUCUUGGAGGAACUAGGACAACUGCGUCAGCGCUACUUGGACCAAGGGGGUAAUUCUAGUCGCUACCUUCAUCAGCUGGACACCAUGCAGGAAGAGAGAUUGGAAGCAUUACUCAGGACUAACAGUGGUGUUACGGUUGGCCCUGUCAUGGCCAAACCAGGUCAUCGACCACGACCGCUGCCUGGUACAGUGGCCAAUGUUCCAAACAGCCAGGCCGUCAUGUCUCUGCAGCAGCGAUUGCAUUCUCUGGAAGCAAACAAUCGUCGACUGCUGGCCGGGAUAUCGGGUGCUCACCAGACCCCGCUAUCAAUUGAAGGCCAGCAGGCCAGACGAGGCUCUCAGGAGGUGGAAACCUUGCGGCGUCAGAUUGACAUAGCAACAGAGGAGCUCCGGCUGCAAAAGCUGCAGGCCGAGUUGCAGGCGCUAAAACCAUCGAAGCAGCAUGCAGCCCCCGCAGCCAAUGAUCUUGGACCAAGCCCGUAUGAUCCAAAGUCUGGUUAUAUUGUGCUCUGGGACUUCAUCCUGGGCUUGCCCCCUAGCCUGCAGCAGUGCAGUGUAUCGGUUCGUCUGAAUGAAGACGGCUCACAGCUGUCGUCCUUUCAACCGCUACCCUGCGUGCCGUGUGUGAGGGAAGACGCCCGGGCAAGAUCACAAGCAGAUCUCUCACAGAUGUGCUCAGCUCUUCUCAAAAGUCAACAAGCAUUCCCUGGUCUCUCACCAUCAUCCACUAUGAAAAUGGAGAUCAGGAUCCAUUCAAACAACGAAGAGCAGCAGCAGCAGCAGCAGCAGCAGCAUCGUCGUCGCACGAAUGCGGUAGCCUGGACAGCCGUGGACUUGUUUGACAGACAUCACAACCUCCUAAGUGGAAGAUGGAAAGUUCCGUUGCGGGUACCACCUGUCAUCAAAGAUAUCACAACAGCCGGACUCAAUGACAUUGUUCAGUACUAUACCAGUGAGAUCUACUUACGCCUGGUUAAUGCACGUGAUGCAGAUGUACAAGUGGAAGUAGCUGUCAGCUCCGGACAACGCCAUCUUUACCACUAUAUGCCUUUUCAAGCCAGCUUUGCACACCAAGGAUUUCCCCCUAUCGCUCGCCACCAAGCAGUACCCAAUCGCAUGAUGAAUCCAGCACCCUUGAAGAAGCCAGCCAAGACUAGCAAGACCGAGUCAAAGAAGAAAAAGAAGCCGGUUCACAAGAAGGGGCCAGCAGCCACUGUGGAUACGUUUGACAAACAAUCUGAUAGCUCUGACAGCGAUUUAUCAGUGUUAUCUGUGAUGUCCCUGGACGAAACAGAGCCAGUGCCAGCCGAGGAAGCAGCCGAUGAUGAGAACGAUGGCGAAGACCCAGUCACCACUCCAGCACCACCAGUGGAAGAGCCGGAUGUGGUCCUGGAAAUGCUUGGUGUUGAGUUGUGGAGAGUGAAAGAUGUCGGCGAGGGUAAGGUGACAGUAUGCUUGACCGUACGACGACCGGAUGGAACGAUCAGCAAGGCAUCCGGCGAGGACAUGAUCUGGACAUCCAGGGCAACCGACUCAUUCUACAAGACCAAAGUACAAAACUUUGGCAAGCAGCAGAUACACCUGCGACAGGCUGGUCUCUAUCUUGACAGUUACAUGCUGAUUGAGGUCUUCCUACAGCCGUACGUUGGCAAACUGCAACAGCAGCAGCAGGUGCGAGCAGCAGCUGGGGCCGGACGAGGAGCAGCCAGUGGCAGUAGCAAGGCCACCUCCACUCUCACUGUACCCGGUGUGCUGGGAUCGCGACGUAACAGCGCCACCGCCUCGCCAAACCAGACCUCACCAUCCUCCACUAACCCACGCGGUGAACUACCUUCGACACGUUUGCCAAAAUCAUCGAAAGACCGUAGAGGGUCGCAGAGUGAGCCAUCGCAGAAUACAGUGACUUCUUCAACCAGUUCUCCCCCGAGUAGAUUGCACAGUCGACAAGAUAAAGGGAAGUACGAUGAGGAGAGCUUGGUGGCGUGGACCUUCAUCAACAUCUUUACUGGUGCUGUUGACAGGGCGAGGGUUGUAACAGAUGCUGGCGCUGCUUCCAGUGCAGCAGCAGAUGGAGGAGCGGGACAAAUGGAGAUGACAGCGGCAGCCGUGGAGGCGGCAGCAGCUGGAGAACUGGACUUGUACCACGUUAGCAGUGCAGUGCACACACUACGCCUCUACCAGCCACCAGUCAAUGCAGCCGACCAAUGUACUGAAGAAGACCGUGCCUCCUUGCCACGGCUUGGCAAGGGUACGAUACGAAUGAGAUUGUUCAGUGACACCUACCCAGCACCUAGCCUUGUGGACGAAUCUGAUCAGUCGGAUCUAGAGACCGUCAAACUUCCCAAGGAAAUAUUCCUGCCACACGACAGACCAAGUUCUCUGACACAUCGCUACAAGGACAGCGAUCCGAUAUUUAUCUUCAUCGACGGGGCUCGCUUCCUGCCAGAUAAUGUGACGGUCACAAAGGCUACUGCUCGUAUCCUGGACAAACAGUACAACCCAAUUGGCAAGGAGCUAUCGUCGAUGCCGUUCCUGAAAUCCGACAUCUACAAUCCUCACUUUGUACCAGCUGAGACGGACCGUUCCAAGCUGGUCAGCUACAGCGAGAAGAUCAGCGUGUGCUUGGAACUACCCGAGGAUGUACAGGUAGCACGUACGGCUACUCUUGUUAUCAAGCUCUAUACUGUCGAUGGCUACAGCAAGCGGAUAGCGGCAGUUGGCUACGCCGUACUGAAGCUCUUCGUAACCGUUCCUGGCGGUGAGCAGCCAAGCAACGCGUCAACAAGUAUGAAGGUUGCUCUGAAUGCUGGCUGCCAUCAGCUACGCUUGUACUCCCGUGAGCCGGUGGUGCAGACGGCCAUGUCCGACCAGCUCUUUACUGGCAACAGGUACGUACCCUGUGCAACAGUGUUGGUUCGAGUCUGCAAGUGCAAGCCUGAACAACUGAUUGAGGGCACACAGCUACCAGCUGAACUCCGUGAUGCUCCCUCCUACUCAUCAGGUUUGUAUAUCAACACAUCAAUCCAGCUGACCGACGGGGAGAAGCACUUGAUGCUGGCCAUGCACAAACGUGCACAGUUGCCCGUCAAGAAUAGCGUACCACUGCUUGGAGAUCCGUCAUGGUCACAGCUGGACCGGACCCCGGCCGAGAUAGCCGAAUUUAUCAAGGGCAAACUGAGUCGUUCCCUUGACAGUGAGUCUUACAAUCUAGACAUCACUUACAUCAGCAAAUACACACCAACCACUGGUCUACUGGUCAGUAUUGACGAAGCGACUAACUUGCCAUGGAAGAAAGUCACCCAGGCGGUGGCAGCAUUCACUCCGCCCGGCUCCUUCUUCAUGGGUCAGUUUCAUGACAGUGUUCAGUUCACAACUAAGCUAGACUGGCAAUCUCCACAGAACUGUCCACAGUGGCACGACGGUGUUUGGCUGUACCGCCGUCGUCACCUGCACUUCCAUCUGUCCCUGGUGAUAAUGCUGCAAGCCGUCGAUAUCACAUUCAAGAGAAACAAGCAGAAAUUCCAGCUAGCAGAACAGGCAUGGUGUGCUGUGCCCGUCUUCUCCGACGGCUAUGCAUUCACGGAGCGCUAUCAGCUGCCAUUGUUCCAGGGAAGGCCCACAGCCACUGUGUUGGAGGUACUGCAGGCGGCAGUGCCAUCCGAUGGAGAUCUGAUGACCUUCUACAAGGAUGUGCGCAAGAUCAAGGCCAUUGAAGGAGCAUCUCUGACGGUCCGUGUGGCCGACGUGCGUAGGAGGCAAGAAAUUGAAAAUCUCGAGAUCCUCGCCGUGAAUCCCUGGUAUCUGCCGGAGGACAAGCGCAGCAAGUACCUAUCUCGAAAACCGGACAAGAAAACAAUGAGGGCGCUACUGCCACCUGGUGAAACAACAGAGAGCAUAGAGUCUAAGAUGAACUUCAAGCAGCAUUUGCUGACUGCUAUGAUGUCCUGGAAGGGAUAAGCACCGGAGAAUCGUCUCACAAGCUGAUGAUGGAAUGGAUCAUGUGGCACAGUGUACACCAGCAGAAAGGAUUUUCUGUGGUAAUCAUCUGCUGAGUACUUCUGUAGGCUACCUGAUUACAGUUGCAUCAUGCAGUGAUGUCAUGAGGAUGUCAUCACACGAUGAUCAUGAUGUCAUCGUGUGAUUGUGUGUAGCCCGCAUCAGCACAAGCCGUCCAACGUAGACCCAGCCAUGGUCCUAGCCACAGCUGAUGGGAAAGUACUGGCACACGUCACGGCACAUUGUACAACUAUCAAGGCAUGACGUCAUGAUGACAUUACUCCUGCUGUCAACCUGCACCAUUAGCCUGUGACAGUCGGUAGGAGCUGUCCAAAGUGUCUCGAAACCGUACUCCAUUCUCCUGGCUACAGUUGCUGCUAGAGGAGGUAGUAGCCCCAUCACACAGAGCGCAAAGGCGUGCAACGACGUGACUGUGUAUGAACUUGGUCAUAGUCUGUGUCGUUUACAAGCGGUGCCGAUUGUUUGGACGAGAGUGAGAGCCGACUGCGGUUCAGCUGGAUGUAUCAUUAUUUUGACCCGGUAUGCACUUCGCCAUUUUCCAAUGGAGUGCGGCAGGCAUAACGCCUGUGUGCAUUGCAAGCUGGACGGGGAGCUUGGACAAGGCACGUCUACGGGUAUACGUGGAUUUACUGUGAUGAGUAGGCAUGCAGUGGCCAUCAAUGCUGAUCAGAUGUCCUGUAAGCAGCUUGCACGAGAGCAACCUGAUAUUGUGAGAGAUAUUGUGAGUGCUUUCCUCACAUACCCAAUGGUCCGUGUCGUGGUGGUGAAUGUAACGAUCAGUCGUGGAUGUGCUGUGAAGUGUUGAGUGCCUAGUGCAGCAUGUGCGGUGGGCUGGAGGGCGUGCAGUGCAGCCACGGUCACAGUUGAUUUUCAGUAAUGCCAUGCAUCGAUCUGGGUUGAAUGGCCAGAUCGGGUCCGGUGAGUGCCAUGAUAUCAUGGGUGGCCUGUGUCUCUGAAGUAACGGGUUCCUUAAACAAGGAUCCUGCCGCUGUGACUCAAGUGUUGACAGGUUUUGAAUGGUGUCUCGCUUCAAACUUAGUCUUGCUUCAAGUUACGUAUGAGUGGCUUACCACCUUUGGCCGCUCCUGGUAUAUGCAGUCCCUUGAUAUCUCAACUUCUACCUACCAGUAGCUAACUGUUACUGCAGUGUCCCGCCACUUUAGUUGACAAACCCCCUCAUCUCAUUGACCAUGGUAUUGUAUCUUUACCUGUUUUCUGAUUAUCUCCGCUCUCUUCGGAAUGCCUUUCACCAGUAAAAUGGCCAUAUCCCUGCACAUACCCACCACGUGUCUGCGUGGUUCCGCAUUCUCAACAAUAAUAAUUAUUUGUUGUGCAUGAUAAGCCAUACCUAAAAGCACACACACACACACACGCCCAGCACAGUGUCACACGACAUCUAGCGUCCACGAACAGCGCUGUACCAACCACGAAUCUCAUGCAGUGUUAUUCUCAAAUAUCCAAGGCAUUUAUUAUCUCA